AUGGCCAGUGAGUUUCGCAUUAGCUUCAAGAGGGCACAAUUAGCCAUGAAACUGUGGAUCCAGUUACCACCCAACCCCCACCACUCUGACACAGGACCAAGAGCCCUGGCAGUAUACAACCUCAGCCUCCAAGCACCACUGCCCAACAAGGUCUUACAUUUGGCCAUGAACCCUGUGCUGUCGGCCUUCCUGAGAGAGCUCCCCGGCUGGUUCCUGUUCUUUGGGGUCUUCCUGCCUGUGGUUUUGCUGCUACUCCUCCUCAUUGCCUACUUCAGGAUCAAAUUGAUUGAGGUUAAUGAAGAACUACCUCAGAUUGCUCACCACCAAUACAAGCACAAGGGUGGCUCGUCCCUGCACCAGAAAAUGAAAAGGACGUGACUGUUUGAACUGACCAAUAGCUAAAACACAAUGAAUUUCUACUGGUCAUAGAGCAACGUCAACAGUUUAAAUAAUAAAGUAGGUUGAUAAAUUAGAAGCACAGCAAAAGUAGAAUUCUAGGGCGACUAUUCUGAGCCACAUGAAAAGUGGCAGUUAUUGACCAAGGGGACUUCUAAGACUCGGCAUCAACAGUUCUUAGAAAAGUACCAAGUACACAAGAUUUACUUGCAUAGGCUCAAUGGACUGGAUGCAUCAUGUUUAAAAUCUACUGUUUACUUUGAAAUGCAUUUUCAAAUAAAAUUCUCAGGCAUCAGUAUUACAUAAUCCCAUGAAAACUCACAUUAUUCUGAUUUUAGAGGUGAGAAAACUCCAGAAGAUAUCAAAUGAAUAGUAAAAGAUGAGUGCCCUAGAGGGAGCUCUGUGGAUGCCCUAUGAAAGGUGUCCACCUGGUCCUCUAGUAGGGCAGCAACUCUUCCACAAUACCCUUUCAGACGUUUCUGGACCUGAGUAUGCAUCUCUCCAUUUCCCAAGAGCUUUCACAAAUCACUGUGACAAACACAAAACAAGAGGAAUCUCUCAAUACUAGGGACAGAUCACUCAUCAAUGGUGCUCUCAGCAUGGUGCGAAUUGAGAAUAUGGCAUUUUGGUGCUGGGAAAAGAGAGAGAGAACACAAUGUUCACAUAACUCCUGGUGAAAAGAAUUCAAGUCUUUGCCUAUAAAACCAAAACACCAGGGAGCUAUUUCUAACUAUGGAAAGAAGUCAAAAUUUCACUAGCAGAAUUCUUCUUCUAUAGGAACCCUGAAGAGCCAACAUAAAUAACUGAAAGAAACAUUUAAUUCAAGAUGGUGGUUUAAAUAGAUUACUAUUGUACUCUCCACAUUUCCCUACUAACAUUAACAAAAGAUGUUCAGUAUGUCCUAAAUCUGGUUAUAUUCCAGUCUUUGCACGUGACUAAUGGGGUAUUGGUGAUUCACUUUAUAAAACAGUAAAUUUUGUCAGCACCAAUUUUGGUAGUGAUAGUCAUAUAAAAUACUGUGGGGAUGACUCAAAACAUAAAUAAAGCAUCACCAGUGUGA